CUUUUAUUGUUAAAUCUAAACUUUUUAUUAUUUCAUUUAUCGCUCAUCAAGAAGCAAACACUCAACAAAAAAAAAAACCUAAGAAGUUCGAGAUGAAAGGUGGUCAAUCAAAAUCUGAAGCGACGAGCACUGAUCAGAGGCUCAAAACGAGAGGAAGAAAGCCUGGAAAGAAGACGACGAAGGAUCCAAACAAGCCUAAGAGACCUCCAAGUGCUUUCUUCGUCUUCCUGGAUGAUUUCCGACGGGAGUUUAACGAGGCGAACCCUAAUAACAAGUCCGUCGCUACUGUUGGUAAAGCUGCCGGAGCUAAAUGGAAGUCUAUGAGUGAUGAAGAUAAAGCGCCUUACGCUUCCAAGGCAGAGACGAGAAAGACUGAAUAUGCCAAGAGUAUGCAACAGUACAACAUGAAAUUGGCUAGUGGAACCAAUAGAGGUGAAGAUGAAGAAUCCAAGUCUGAAGUGGACGAAGCAGGAGGAAGCGAGGAGGAAGAAGACGACGAUUGAGGUUUUUAAGUUGUGGUGGCCAUCGACUGACUCAGAUUUGAGGAUGGGAUUAGCAGUCUGUGUAAACUUGCUUAGAUAUAACCUAAAAAAAAAUUAAAAACUGGUUAUUGCUUUGUGUUUGUGAUAUUGAGAACCUCAUUUGCUACUUCUCUAUUUGUGUUUUGUAGGUCAGUUGUAGUGAUAAUAUCACCUGAAUGCUAUAUUAUUAUUCCUU